AUGGCAAUUCUUGCAGGCAUCAAUAUUUUUCUCGCCAUCGCGGCAUCUCUUGGCAACGCUCUGAUCCUGAUUGCUCUUCAUAAAGUGACGUCUAUUUAUCCACCAACAAAACUGUUAUUUCGAUGCCUGGCAGUCACCGAUCUUUUAGUUGGUCUCAACACUCAACCUAUUUACGUAAUGAUUCUUAUUUCUUCAAUAACAAAGAGUCGCGCGGAUCACAUUGUAGCCCGGCUUGAGCAAUAUCGAGGGUUUUGGAGUGGUUUGUUGCCUCUAGUAUCGGUUCUCACAUUAUCCGCUAUAAGUGUCGACAGACUUCUUGCCCUAUCUUUAGGGCUGAGAUAUAGACACACUGUAACCUUAAGGCGCGUUUGCGCCGUCAUAGUCGGUGUGUGGUUACUAAGUGCCCUAACUUACACAGGGGUUAUAUUCUUUGUUAAUAAGAUAGCAUAUUACUUUACUAGAGGGACCUUCAUUUUCUUAGUCAUAAUUUCUGUGGUUAUUUCAGCGUUCUGUUACAUAAAAAUUUUUGUCUCUCUUCGUCGUCAGCAAGCUCAAAUUCAACAAGAACAAACAUACGGAGCACGCCAGAGUCAACUAAAUAUAGCGCGAUACAAGAAGACAGUGUACACCAUAGCAUGGGUGCAGUUAGCUUUACUUAUUUGCUAUGCUCCAUACGGCAUAGCAUUGUUAAUAGGUCUGGCUAUUAACAUACCCCAUUCUUCCACCGAAACGAAAGUCGCUUGGCGAGCAUUAUUAACUCUCCUGUUUUCGAACUCUUCUUUCAGCCCGGUACUUUAUUGUUGGAAGAUUAGAGAUGUGCGACAAGAAGUGAAGAACAUUAUCCACAAAGUUUGCUGUUGCUCUUAUUAA